CGGGAGAGGGAGGUCACGUCUCUCCCUGCUCUCACCUUACUCUACGAACUCUGCAAAAGUUAUAUAUUCACUCAGGAAGCCACAUGGUCACUCUUUGAAGUAAUCCAGACACACUUACAGGCUCAAGGAUAAAAGGAUCACUCUUGUAUGGUCUUUACGAUAUCAAUGGGAAAUUUUAAGUUACAUCAGAAGAUCAAUCUCGGACAGCACAAGCAUGCCGUGAUAGUUUGAGUUUAUCUGGAGGAUGCUUUUAUGUCGGGGUUUCACUCAGAAUAAGUUAGGUUGCCAAGCGGUGCACCUUCAUUGAGUAACCCUUGGUCUCACAAGAAGGUCUGAGGAGUUGCGUAGUGUCAUGUGAUCCUCAAGAUGACAUUGGUCAUUCCGGAAGUUCUCUGAAGAAGCUCUGGGAAUAAUAGAAGCUCCGUAACCAUUCAAGAAGUCUGAUGGAGACGAGAAAUGAUUGUGAUUGCUUAAGAGGCCUCGUAAGCGCACUAGAAGUUUCGUGAUGUCUUUAGAUUUCUCAAGACCAUUACCAAAGCUCUGUGAAUAUCCCGUAAGCCCAAUGAGAACUCUAGAUGCUUUGUGAUCACUAAUGAAGCCUCUCUUGAUCACCCUAGGAGCUCUGUAAUCAACCAAGAAGCUUGAAGGACACUCUGGAAACUCUGCGAUCACAAAGAACACUAUAAAGACUACUUAUUUAUUCUUCAGUCACUCUAAGAACAGUUCCAUCAUCCAGAAAUCAGUGCUAGCAAGAAUCCUCCAGAUGGGUCAGGACGGUCGAGCGUUUGUUGCACCACUAGCAGCACUCCUCACCGUAGUUUUCAUCCUGGCGGUGGCCUUCUGCGACAACUACAACCGCCACUACAAGAGCUACCAGCCCAAGCAGGAUACGGAGUCCCUGGACCAAGACCUGACCUUCCUGAUGGCGAGGAUAAAGGAGUUGGAGGCCAAGUCGACCCAGACGGGGAGACAAUUGCGGUUCUUGAAGAAAUUGUUAACCAAGAUGGAGGAAAGGCAGCAGGAGAAGACAGUGUUGCAAGACAUGUGUGGAGUGUUUGUACCUUGUGAGCAGGACACAGCCAUCCAACCCACCCCUACUGUAACGCCAGUCGCUAUGUUACUUCCUUGACCUAAGAAGAGCUAUACUCUCUAUCUCUCUCACCAAAACAGUUGUCACAUGUAAUAUGAAAAUUAAAAAUCCUUGAUGAUAACGUUAGCGAUUCAAAAUUCACACUUCUAAAAUAUUAGGACACGUCGAGUAAAAACUUGGACGUUAGAGUACUGUUCGGCUGUUAGCUUUGUUCGGCUGCCUUUGGUCGAUUCGAUUUGCUGUUCACCAUUGUAUACGUGCACUGUUUACUUACAUUGUUUUUAUAUACCUGCACUUCCUAUGUAUAAUGUAUA